CCUCCCAUCUUGUUUAAAGACUCUGGUUUGUUUCACAGAUGCUUGGAGUUUUUUUUUUUUUUUUUUUUUUGCUGGUCUACAAGCAUCACCAUGAAACAGACUCCUGAAUUCAGAAAAUUUUGGGAUGUAGGCAAAGAAGUGCCUUUUAUUCAAGAUGAACAGAUGCCAAAGAAACUAACACACUGCCUGAAAUGGUUCUCUUGUACCCUUGUUGGCAUGCUCGUCUUUGUCCUUGCACUCCUCAGUAAAACAUCAUUUCUACUUUUGAUAACAUUUGGAAAUAAUCAAACAGAAAUUGUUCCUUUAGACCAAAAACCGACUGCUCUACUUGCCAUUGGGUUUGUUCUGGUCGGGCCAAGUGUUCUACUUCUGCUUAAAAGCACAUGGAAGUUUAUUUUCAAGAAUGGUAACAUGCCAUCUAAAAAAACUGUUUUCUGGGUCCUUUGUGUUGAAAUCCUGGUAGCAUUGGGAGCUGCAGUUCUUACAAUAGUAGCCAUGCCACACUUUGACAUUGUCACUAAUGUGAUGAUCCUAAACAGCAUAAGCAUCCUAUCUGCAUUUUUUCAAGUGGAUGCUGAGUUCCUCGGCAGAAAGAGGAAGCAUCUUUUGAUUCCCCCGUUUUUUUCCAUUUUCUUUAUAGUCCUGGGUUAUGUGCUGUUUGCAGUGAACUAUCUGGUAUUUGAAAGUUCUCUCCGCGUAUCAGUAGGACUUGCUAUGUUUGGGACCAUCUGUGUUUCUGUGAACUGGUGGGAAAACUACAGCCCACUUUUCACCAUCCUGUCCCUAAAGAAGAUUUCCAAAGACAUGGUGAAGUCCAGUAAUGCGGUGAACAUCAUCUCCAGUUUGACAAGAAUCCUGAUUACUUCAGCUGUGAUUGGAGCUUAUGUCGCUCUAACAGGUGAUGGCUGGAAAUCUGUCAAAAUCAUCUUCGAAACGGUUGUCAUUGCAUUGGUUGUCAUCCAGACUCUAUCCUCAGCCUUGUGUCGCUGGUUUGUGGUUGUGGCUUGCAAGAUGCACGCUUUGCGCCGUAGCUUUGUUAUGCCCAUGUACUUUGCCUCAAUCAUCGUUUUGGCAGUGUUUUUGUCUCCACUUAUUUACAGCCUCCCAUUGUCUAAUAACACUUCAAUCACUCUAGAAAAAAGUGAAUCCAGUACAGAAUGGGUGGAGGUUUUGCUGACAGAUGCUAUACAAACUUUACUAACUAGGGACAUUGUGGUAAACAUGAAAACAGAAGGACUGGUCUGUUUGGGCUGUUCUGCUCUCUGCUGGUGGCUGGGGCUUGUGCUCAGCACAAUUUACAUCUGGUUCCUGAAGAUCCAUCGAAUUGAAAGAACCCAAGAUCUGUUUGUGCAACGGAUGUAUGAAGGAGCGUUUUUGGAGCAGUCCUUGAUGCUGAACACCCGUUUUGAAAUCGGAAAGAAAAUCAAGGAGAAUGAAGUUGCAGAACCAACAAAAAAAAUCAAAGUGUUUCUGUGUGCAACAAUGUGGCAUGAAACCUACGAUGAAAUGAUGAAGAUAAUCAUCUCCAUGUUCAGGCUUGAUAAAUAUAGACCAAAACAUGGAAAGCACAGUGAUGUUGAGUUUGAAUUUCAUAUUUAUUUUGACGACGCUUUCAAGGAUGUCAAUAAUGGAAGGGGGCGGCUUACAAAUGAAUACGCUGAAAUUCUUGUGGACGUAAUUAAAGAAAUUUACAUCAUUUUUAGUGAGGAGGAUCCAUGUGUGUUCAAGGAGAUGCCAUCAUUACCAAGCCAGAAGAUCAUACACACUCCUUAUGGUGGUCGACUGGAAUACACCCUUCCAAAUGGCAAUGUCAUGAUGGUUCAUCUCAAAGACAAGCAACUUAUCCGUCACAAAAAAAGAUGGUCUCAGAUAAUGUACUUGUAUUACAUUCUUGGCUGGAGACUCAACAAACAGUACUAUGAAAACCUUAAAGCAGGUGAAGAACCGGAACUCAUUAAGAAGAAACUGAAGAGUGACAGGGAGAACACAUAUAUCCUGGCUUUGGAUGGGGAUACUGAUUUCCAGCCAUCUGCAGUCAUGCUGUUAAUUGACAGACUUAAAAUAUACCCAGAAGUUGGAGCAGCCUGUGGCAGGAUUCAUCCAACAGGAACAGGACCAGUGGUGUGGUAUCAAAAGUUUGAAUAUGCUGUAGGCCACUGGCUACAAAAGACUGCAGAGCAUGUAUUUGGUUGUGUGCUGUGCAGCCCUGGAUGUUUUAGUCUUUUCAGAGGAGCUGCACUCAUGGAUGACAACGUCAUGAAGAGAUACACAACCAAAGCCAGUGAAGCCAGCCACUAUAUCCAGUAUGAUCAAGGUGAGGACCGCUGGUUGUGCACUCUACUGCUGCAGCAGGGUUGGAGAGUGGAGUACAAUGCAGCAUCUGAUGCCUACACCAAUGCUCCACAGGAUUUUAAAGAGUUCUACAACCAACGCAGGCGCUGGGGACCUUCUACCAUGGCCAACACUAUUGACCUCCUGGGCUCAGGACAACUGACUGCUCAGAGGAACAGCUCUAUCUCAAAACUUUAUAUAUUGUACCAAGUUAUCAGCAUGGCAGCUUCCAUCUUAGGUCCUGCUACUAUUUGCCUCAUGAUAUCAGGAAGCUUUGUUUUCAUCUUUAACAUGGAGGAAAAUAGUGCACUUGCUUUGGCUAUAGUGCCCCCUACAGUCUACCUCAUCCUGUGCUUCAAACUGAAAUCUGAUGUGCAGAUUACCAUUGCAGCAAUCAUGAGCCUUCUCUAUGCAUUUCUGAUGGCAGGAACAGUUCUCUCCAUCAUUGGAGAUUUAGUGAAGCAAAAUACUUUUAUGACCCCUAGUGGUCUGUUUCUUAUUGGCAUGGUCAUACUGUACCUCACCACAGCAGCUUUGCACCCUAAGGAGUUCUCAAUGGUCAUCUAUGGACUGCUAUACUUCAUCUGUGUUCCUAGUGGCUAUUUGCUCUUAGCCAUUUACUCCAUUGUCAACAUGAACAAUGUCUCAUGGGGGACUCGUGAAUCUGGCGUCCAGGUGAAGACUUCUGCAUUAGACAACAUAAAAAAAAAGUUCAUGAAAGCCACCUGCUGCAGAUGUCCAUGCUUUGAAUCUGAGGAUGAAAUGAACAAGGAGGUAUUACAAGCAGAAAAUACAAAUAAAACUGAAAUGCUACAAAUGACAUUGAAAAUACAAAGUGCAAAUGACUUCGCAAUCAAUACUCAUAAAAGUGUAGAUAAACAAACUUGGAUUGAACAUUUGCUGCCGAAAUUUGGUUUUUGCUUGACACCAGAAUCUGAACUUUCUAUGGAUGAAAUCGAUUUCUGGAUAGAUUUGCAGAAAAAAUAUCUAGAACCUCUAAAGGAAAAUAAAGAACAACAGGAAAAAAUAGCUAAUGAUCUUAGAGAACUUCGAAAUAAGGCUACAUUGGUAUAUUUCUUCUGCAAUGCACUUUGGCUUGUGGCAACUUUCUUUCUUCAAGCAAUUGGUGAAGCCGUCUAUAUCAAGAUCCCAAAAAUCUAUCCUAAUGGGACAUAUGCUGCAAAAGAACUUUUGUCCCUUGAUCCAAUUGAACUGAUGUUUCUACUUGGCUUUGCAGGACUGCUGCUAAUGCAGUUUUUUGCAAUGCUUUACCACAGAAUCUACACAUUAAUCCAUUUUGUGGCAUAUGCUGAAACAGAAGAAAAAGCCCCGAGAAAGAAGGUUGCACAGAUCGUGGACGACAAUCAUGAGACUUCUGAGGAUGACACAAUAUGUUUUGAGAACCCCUAUGUUAUGACAAGACAUAUAACUUAUGUAUAAGAUUUUGGAUUUACCUCUCAGUUAAUAAGACCCAGAGCCUCCAGAUCUAGACCCAGAGUCUUCAGACCUAGAGCUUCUAGUGCCUGAUCAAGGCCUCCUUUGCUCCAUGGUCCAUACACACUUUCGAACCACAGACCUGGCUCUCCAUCUUACACCCUGUUCCAUCACCCUCCUUGACUCUUUGUUUUUCUGUUCAUUUGAAAUUCACACUUUUUAGGCAGUAUGGGGUUUUCUGCUACAUGUCAUGUUCCUGGUUGUGUUUGUUGUAUUUUUGCUUCGCCCUCUCCCCUUGUUUCCUGUGCCAUGCCCCUUUUGAAAUAAGCCCCUUUGCUUUUCUUACUAUUUUUAAAAACGUAAUUUAGUCAUGAUUUAUUGCUGUCUAUGUUCUUAGAUCCUGCCUUGUUUUGUUCAAUAAUUAUUUAUUAUGAUAAACAAAGAUGAUCAGGAAGGCGGAUCAAUAUUGCACUAGGGAUGGGACAAAAUUCAGUGCAUUUCGAUUCUUUCUCCAAUGAUUCUGAAUCGAUUCUGAAAAGUUAACAAUUGAUUCUUUUUUCAAAUUAGUCAAAACAGAAGAAGACUCCAAACAGAAAAAUAAUAAGCGUUUAUAGGUGUGAGGUGUGGACCAGUGUGGAACUUUUGAUCCGUUGUGUGACCGGCUUCAAGACACUGUUCAAAAUACUUCUGCCACUGAAAGUGAAAUCUUUUCAUCAUAAACAUGAUGAUGCUGUGCCACACUGCACCACUGACCUGGUGUGCCAGUGGUUUUGAAAUCACUAAAGGAGGCACGUAAUACAUGGACACCAAUUACAGAAUCGUAGGUCAUCAUUACAACACACUCAGUUAUGAGUGAAGGCUGCCGGCUUGUGUUCUGCAAAUGCAGGUUGUGAAUGAAACUGAAUUAAGUCUAAAGCACAUAGUUUUGAAAAAUUACAAUGUUUUAAAGCUUGUUUUAUGCUUUAAGCUGAAUACUAGUAUCUUGCUGAAUACUUGGUAAAAUAUCAUUUACUGACAAUGACAAGGAUGAAACAAAUUAGUUAUUAAAAUGAAUGUUAUUGAAAAUUGUUUUCUCUCAUAGAAAGCACUUAGGAAUAUUUUAAAAAGAAUCAUUAUUUUGCAAGAGAGCUAAUAAUUUUGCCUUCAA